AGCCCUGGGUGUGCGGGACCCAGCGGUGCCGAGGAAGCGAGCGAGAGGGCUCUGAGCAACACCCUCACCCUUGUCCCAUCCCCCCUGGGGGUGUGUGUGUUUCGUGGUGGGGUUUUUUGGUGUGUGGGUUUUUUUUUUUUUUCCUUUCUCUUUUUUUCUCCACCUCCUUCCUCCUACCGCGAAUUAAAUAUUUCUUUUGUUAAUUGACGCCCGAGCGUUCCUAGCCCCUUCCCAACGCAGCCCGGGCCGGCCGAGGACGCGUGUGCACGCCCAGAUCCGCUCGGCAAGGCAUCUCGGAUCCGCCGGGCCGAGGGUCUGUGAGCGGGAGAAGGAGGAGGUGUAAAAGGAGCUACAAGCACAAAGCAGAUUUGCGAGGAAUAAUUUAACUCCCGUGUUUGUUGUUUUUCGAGAUUUUGCCUUUUUGUUUCGCUCCUUCCUAUAUUUUUUUUUUUUUUUCCCCUUUUUUUCUUCCGCUGCUCAGGAUUUAAAUGUCACUCAUAGCAUCCCCAGAUCAGCUUUCCGCUCGUCUCCGGUCUCUUCCGAGACACUAACUGGAUCACACGCUGCAUUUGAAGAGCCUGGGUGUUCUACCCCCCGAAGGAAAUUUGCUCCAUCUCCAGCAGCAACCACUGCUCCUUUUGAUGUUGUGGUACGCCGUGCGCAUGCGCUUCACAUUAGAAUUACUGCACUGGCCAGAAUAAGUUGGAUCUCUUCUCUUCACUGAAACCCUAAAUCAUAUCAAAAGCUAAAGGGAUGCUGAGAGUCCGGAAAAAGGGUUACUUUGGGAUUUGGUCAUUCCCUUUAAUAAUAGCCGCGGUGUGUGCACAGAGUGUCAAUGACCCUAGUAAUAUGUCACUGGUAAAAGAGACCGUGGAUAGACUGCUGAAGGGCUAUGACAUUCGCUUGAGGCCAGAUUUUGGAGGUCCCCCAGUGGCUGUUGGCAUGAACAUAGACAUUGCCAGUAUAGAUAUGGUCUCAGAAGUCAAUAUGGACUAUACCUUGACCAUGUACUUUCAGCAAGCAUGGAGGGAUAAGAGGCUGUCAUAUAAUGUAAUACCUCUAAACCUUACUCUGGACAACAGAGUAGCUGAUCAGCUGUGGGUUCCCGAUACCUACUUUCUGAAUGACAAGAAGUCCUUUGUACAUGGUGUCACUGUGAAGAACAGAAUGAUCCGUUUGCAUCCAGAUGGGACAGUCCUUUAUGGGCUCAGAAUUACAACAACAGCUGCUUGUAUGAUGGACCUACGGAGAUAUCCGCUGGAUGAGCAGAACUGCACGCUGGAGAUUGAGAGCUAUGGCUAUACAACAGAUGACAUUGAAUUUUACUGGCGUGGGGGUGAUAAUGCGGUCACAGGAGUGACAAAGAUUGAACUGCCACAGUUCUCCAUUGUAGACUACAAGCUUAUCACCAAGAAUGUUGUUUUCUCUACAGGUGCCUACCCAAGGCUGUCUCUCAGCUUUAAACUUAAGAGAAACAUUGGUUACUUCAUUCUGCAGACCUACAUGCCUUCUAUUCUGAUCACUAUCCUGUCCUGGGUUUCCUUCUGGAUUAAUUAUGACGCUUCAGCUGCAAGAGUUGCUUUAGGGAUCACAACUGUGCUCACAAUGACAACAAUUAACACCCAUCUUCGAGAGACUCUUCCCAAAAUUCCCUAUGUGAAGGCCAUUGACAUGUACCUUAUGGGAUGUUUUGUCUUCGUUUUCAUGGCUCUGUUGGAGUAUGCAUUGGUCAACUACAUCUUCUUUGGCAGAGGACCACAGCGUCAAAAGAAAGCAGCAGAAAAAGCUGCCAGUGCCAACAAUGAGAAGUUGCGAAUGGAUGUCAAUAAGAUGGAUCCACAUGAAAAUAUUUUGUUGAGCACACUUGAAAUUAAAAAUGAGAUGGCUGCCUCUGAGGCUGUGAUGGGGCUUGGGGACCCUAGAAGCACUAUGCUGGCGUAUGACACUUCAAGCAUCCAGUACCGGAAAGCUGGCUUACCUAGACACAGCUUUGGCCGCAAUGCCCUGGAGCGACAUGUGGCACAGAAGAAAAGUAGGCUACGGAGACGUGCAUCUCAGCUGAAAAUCACCAUUCCUGACUUGACUGAUGUAAAUGCCAUAGAUCGAUGGUCUCGCAUAUUCUUCCCUGUUGUUUUUUCCUUCUUCAAUAUUGUCUAUUGGCUUUACUAUGUGAACUAAGAAGCAAAGCCACACAGGAAGAAAGAACUGGAUUUCUCUUCAAAUCGGUUGUACAGCCAAAAGUGGGACUUAGAAAAAUUCUAUUCAGGACAAAAAGUUAUUCUAAAACACCUUAGUUGCUGGCCCACUUCUAUGGUCUGUUUUUAUAACGUUUUGGUUGUAUCUGCUAAAUCAUGAAUAUGUUAAGUCGCAGUAUGGACCUAUCCCCUUACCAGAAUACAAGUGCAUUUUGAGUGUGAAGGCAAAUUAGACUUUGACAAUCACUCCUAUCUCAUUGUCCCUCACACUUUGUUUCUUUUUUCUUAAUUUUUUAGUGACCAUUUGAGUUUAGUGAUACAAAUUACAGAGUGGCAUUUGAGAAACAAGUUCUAGUUUCAACAUCAGUCCAUACCGUUCCCAGAGAAACUGCUCACCUGAGACAUGCAUCUACACUUAAGGGAGUGUACGGAGUUAUUAUCAUGCUUUUGAAACACAUACACUUUACCUUUUAAACAUGUAAACUUGAAAACAAGUAGUGCCUAUCAUCUUUCUGAGAUGAUGAUGGUCAGAGGUUUCCCAACCAUUUUCAGGUAUUUCCUGUUUUGUAUUGAAAGAUCUAAACCUUUGACUGCUAAUAUUAGGGUUGGGUGUUUGCACAGAAGCUGAAGCAAAAAGCACUAGUUUUGUUUGGAUUUUGAGAGAACAUAUGCUGACAGUCACAAUGACACUAGUUGUGAUCCAUAGAGGAAUGUAGCAAUGGUAUAAAAAUGCAUUGACUCUGAAUGGGUAGAGGUGCUGCUGGUUUGGGGGGGGGGGGGAAAGAAGUCAUCUGUCCAAAGUGCCAAAGGAUGCUGGCUGGCCAAAUAGACAUUCUCUAGGUGGCUGAAGUAAACCAGUGGUGCCCUGCAUUUCCAGGGUGGAGAAAGCUUAGAGAGCGAUUGUAAAACACAAGAGCCAAGGAUAGGGAAGGCUACAUAUAUGUAAAAGUGUGUGUAUAUAUAUAUAUGUAUACACAUAUAUCUAUAUACUGUGAAAAUGAAUGUUGUCAGUUAUAGUAUGUACCCAAGUCUGAAAUACUCAUGUGGAGUUCUGUGAUUUCUUCCACGUUUGCAAUCUUUCCAAUUAUGCUUGCUACUGUUAUUAUGUUUAACACCUUAUAUCCAGCUUGAUUAAAGGUAUCAUAUCUCUUUCAGCAGGAAAGAUUCAAGCUUAUGUAUUUCAGUACAAAAAAUCCUUACAGGGUAUUUUCUCAGUCUGGGUUAGGCAAGGCCUGUUCAUCUUUAUUUUUUUUUCCUAAUGCACUUUUUUAAAGGGAAAAAAAAAUUGGUAGCUAUCACUAGGAGUUUAGUUACAUUCUUGUGUGUUUCCUUCUUUAGGGUAACUUCCACUGAAAAACUACCAAAUUUCAGUUUUGCUUUGGGAAACUUCUAAAUCAACAUGGCAGUGGGGGGAUGGGGAGUGUUGUUUAUGAGUUUUGGUGAGAUUUUUUUUUGUCAUUGCAGAGAACUUUAUAGGCAAAAUAGAAUAGACAAAACCCAGAAUUUUAUAGGCAAAGCAGAACUUUCCAUUUUGUCCAUUGUGGAAACUGUUUUUUUGAUUGAAAAGAACUUCACAAGAACUGUAUAUAAUAAAGUAUAAAUUCCUGAUGGCUUUUACUAAAUUAGAUCCCCAGUAUUGUUUGACACUAAAUAUUUCAUGAAGCAAAAGCCACAUCUGUUGUAUCUACACUACCUCUCAUCUGUGUACAAAUUUCUGAAAGAAACUAGAAUCCAAGUAUCUUCCAAACAGUCAAGGAGUUUCUUCAGGCAGAUACUGUUUCCCCAUUCCUUUGACAAUACUUUAAGACAGUUCUGAAGAAUAUUUUUCAUAAAAUGUUUUCUCUGAUUAUUUUGUUCUUGUUUUAAAAGAGUAAUUUUCUUAUAAGUUCUGUGGAUUUUUUCCCCCCAUUUGACAGUGAAUGACAGUGAUAGGAAGAAAACAGCGCUGGGAACCAGCAGGCCAAUUUUCUGACUUUGUUUGGAGCGUAUCGUAUCCUUAUUCCUGCUUCAAAUGGGAGAGAAUAGUUUGAGCCUGAAAUGGGAUUUGCCAGGCAUACACACCAGCUGUUGUUUUCAAGGGAGUUGUGUGUAUGCUCUCAUACUGCCUCCAGGUUCAGAGUCUGCAAUAUGUAGAGCCAGGCUUUCAUCACACGAUUACCUUUCUAAGUCAAAAUGUUGCUUUUUGUUCACAUCCUUAAUUUCUGACUACAUUUCCUGCAUAAUGCAAUGAUCUAUGUAGAUGCAUCUGGAAUUUCACCUGAUAGGUAUGAAUCAUGUUGGAUUUUUUUUCUCCAAUUCUAAGACAAGGAGCCACACCAAAAUUCAGUAAUUCUCUUCAAAGUCUGUUCUUUUGAAGUGGUAUUAAUUAUCAUAAAUAAAAGCAGUCUUACAGUAUCCUUCUGUACAAGCUUUUCUUUCAUUUCACAGAUUGCUGCCAAUUCCUUUUUUUUUUCCUUUCUCAGAAGCAUAGUGUGACUACAGGGAGUUCACAGCCUGUUUGUGGUUGAUACCUGUCAAAUGUAAAACCUUAGAGAGAAUGUGUUGAGACUCUGCUUUGGUUUACCACAUCAGCUAUUAGGAAAACCACAGAGAUUGAAUCCUAGAACUGCACAUUAAUUUAUCUGAAGUUACAGUACAAGCCAUAAUACUCUCUGAUGUUACUAUGCAGAGAGUGAAAGAAAAUGUUUGGUUUCUGCUCAGGUGUCACUAGGAAAGAUAUAUAUUAUCUGGGGGGAAGGAGCACUUUUGCUUUUACUAUGUCCUGACUAUUAAUGUGAUGUAUAAAAUUAGUGAAAGAAAAGGAUUCUAUCAUUUUGUACUAAGGCUUAACACUGUGAUAUAAAAAGGUGGGGGUGAGAAAGACUGGUGAGGCACUGUCAAGGGAAAAGUAUAACUCAAGCCCAAGGUGAGCCCUAACUCCUCUUCUGAGAUACUUGAGUGAAAGAAAAAUUAUAUCAACAAACAUGAUAAAUAGGGUUUGCUAUGUAUGCUACCCUCCAGGUAAACUGAAAUAAAAUUGCUUUUAUUUUGGAAUUGACUGAAAAUGGAUAUUCUGGAUAUUUUUAAUUGUGGUAAUUGUUGUUCAUUUCAACAAGCAAAAUAUGAAAGUUAAUAAUUUAGAUAAACCUUGUAAUGUAAUUAUAGUUGCACAUUCUAUUGUUCUAUUAGACAUAAUAGCCAGCAAUUAAGGUGUUUUUCAUCUUUGUGAAAUUCAUGGGCAAAUUAUGACUAUAACAUGGCACAGUUUUAAUGAAGUCUUUGAGAUCAAUCUGUAAAUAUAUACUGUACAUGACUGCUAGUAAGUAUGAUACACAUUUUCCAAACUGAAAACUCAUGCAACAUAUUUCUGUGUUUGCAUAAGGAAUGUUAUGUUUCUAUCCUAUCACAGUUUAAGGACUGGGAAGAAAGACUCAAGCAAUGACAUUGUGAUCAUUUCUUUUCUCAUUCCCAGGGGAGGAAAACAGAAUCUUAGAUAACAGCAUGUCGCAGAGAUCUUCAGAGAGUUUUUACGUUCUAACAAAAGGGACAUAAAAUGUGUAUGGCACAAAAGCACAACGCAGAGAGAAAACAAGUGGUGGUCUUACACCUGGGGGGAAAGUCCUAUUUAUUUCAGACCAAUAUGCAUUAAAAUUAAAGUUCAGUUAAUUUUCACUAUAAUUAUUAGACUGUGUUCCAAUUCUUUAUUAUAACACAGUACUAAACAUAAGUGAAUGGAUGUUGAACAUUACCCAACUAUAUGUGCAUAUGGACAUGUACCUAAAUGUCUAUAUGGACAUAGGUGUGUAUAUGUAUACACAUACCGAGUAUAUAUAUAUAUGCACACACAUUCAUAUGUUGGCAUAUUAAAGGAAUAAGCUAAUAAUAGUUUUGUUUCUACCAUCAACCAGUGUAUGAAUAUAUUUUUGAGAACAAAAGGUUAAUGUAUUUAAAAACAAAAACAAACAACUUACUAUACAGGGUAUCUGGGCAUUUCUAUAUCAGCAGAUCAAUGCUUAGAAUUCUUAUGGAGCAUUGCACCAUUUGACAUGAUGAUAGUACUGUACCUCCUAGCAUCCGAAAUUAGACUAGUCCUCACAUUGCUUGCCUAUUUCUUCUCUCUCUCUUUUUAUAACAGCAUUGUCCACUAGUAAGUUUUCAAAACCCACAAGAUCCUUAGGGAACCAAGAAGAAGGAAAACAACAACAACAAAAAAAAAGGUCAAAACUAUUAAUUAUUUCUAGAAAAUAAUCGAGGGUGGGAUGGCCAGGGUACAAAUACUAUAUCAGUAGUGAUCAUAACAUUUUGCUAUGUGUACAUAGAACAUCCAAUGUGAGCAACCAUGACUUAAGCUGAACGUGUGUAAAUAUUAUCAGAUUUCUUAAACAUUUUUAACUUCUAAUUUGUACUUUAUGGUAAGGCAAAAAGCUAAUUCUACUUAUGGUUUAGGUUAAUGUGUCCUAAAAUUAUGUAAAUAAUUAAAUAAGCUGUAAAUGAGCAGUCGAUAGAUACAGUAAUUGUUUAGUGACUUUUUUUUACUAAGUACAAUAUCUGCAGUGCUCUAGCAGAGUAAUUUAAACACCCUUUUGCAUAAACAGAUUUGGAUUCCAGAUACAAAAAAGUCCAGAAGGUACUGUGGUGUAAAAUAGCCAUCGCGGCAACGUUACUGCUAGCACAAUCGAGUCUUUUGUAUGGUUACAAUGUUCAGCCAACAGAAGAUAGUAGCUUGGCACUCAGUACUCAGAUUAGCAAAAACAAAUAGGGCUGGUUUUCACUUACAAUCAGGCACCUUUAUGUUGCUCCAGUGAGUGGAGAGGUGAAGGAAUCUAGAGUAAGUGAGAAUUCAGCUGUCGGUGAUUUCGUUACAGAAAGCCUGCAUAUUGCAUCUGUCUGUUUCUGAAAUCUGUAUCUCCUAUGGUACCUAAAAGUAGACAUAUAUUUUUCUUUAAAAAAAAAAUAAAGACAAAAAAAGGAUGUUAGACUGUCCUUAGAUAGCAUAGUCCCCCAAAGCCAAAGAAUCUUCACUCCAGAAAUUGUUUAAAAGGGAAGUCUAAUAAGUCACUGCUUAACACCAAAGGUAAAGCUUAAAUAAAAUGCACUAGGAACUUUGUCUAAAUUUUUAAGAAGCAGAUGGAAUGUUGAUCUAAAAUACUGCCCAGUUCUACUUUGUAAAAAGAGUAAUAAUUUCAAUAUCCAUGACUAUAAAAUCGAAAUAGAUCAUCUCUACAAGAAUAUGCAACACUAACAUUUCAUAAGUAUAAAAUUAUUUUCUUUGUAAGUGCUUUGACAAAAAAAAAAAAAAAGAAGAAGAAACCUAAAUGAUUAAAGAUCUCACCUCUACUUUCAUACUAAGGGUUGUAUUUUUUUAAUGUUUUUCAGACAUGAGGUCAUCUAUUCCAAUUUGAUAACAUUUUGUAUGUUUCCACUAUUCCUGUCAUUUGACAGACAUUCUCCAGACUGUAUUGUUCAUGGUCCGUCCUGUUGCUUUCAGUUGAAGACAAAAAGAACAUUUGAAACGUGAUUAAUUCUAACAAGCUGCCUAUGAUUUGACUUCUGUCACCUUUUUCUUUGCAUGGGUGUUUAAAUGGUUCUGUUAGUACUGUCUUUGCACAGUUCUGAGUUUUUUUAAUUUGAUUUUUUUUUCUACUUAGUACUAUUUACUUCAUAAUGUAGUAAUCAUCAGCCUUACUAAUGACCUUGUAGCCUUUCUUAUAUGCACAUAAUGCACAUUUUCCAAUGGCUAGAAAAUGCAAAAUACUAGUGGAUAUCAUUGCAUCAGAUCUUCAUGUCUUUCUCAAAAGGACUGCUAACCUCUGGGAUAUAUGAGGUAGUAAAAUGAUGAUUGUAAAUGAGUAGCACAUAAGAGAUAUUUUCUUGAAUUUAAAAUUAUUGCAGCCAGUUUCAGCAUGUAAAUAUAUAAUAAUGUUGGCUAGUGUGUAAUUCUUGAAUUAAAAAAUAUAAAUAAAGAAAAUCUAAAAGAUGUA